GGGUUUAAAUCUUCAUUUCGUCUGCCUCUAUCAUGUUUCUGGCCCUGCACUCUGUAAAACAAGAUUAUGUGGUGAAUGGGAUAAGGGAAACAGGAUGUGGGGCUCUCUCCCAGUCAUCCAUGAUGGGGGCAUAACGCAUCGGCUGGAAUGCAGCAGCAGGCAGCAGCAGCAGCAGCAGCAGCAGCAUCCUCCUCUCAAAAAAGCGGUGCGUUCAGCUCAGCCAGUUAGUGAGUCUCAGCCCGUCGGCGCAGCCAGGAUGCUGCCGUCCGAGCACAACUGAGCAAGAGAGUAAAACUAAAAGAACUCUCUCUGAUCGCUUCAUUUCUGCGUCUUAUUUUUUUUUUUUCUUUCUUCCCCAUUUCACCGGAGAGAUCGGAGCGGAUGCAGCUUGGCAAGCGGCUUCAGAAGUUGGACAGCCAGAGAUUUGCGUGCCAUGACUCUUGGAUGUGGACAAUCCCAAAGGCAGCGCAGCAGAGCAGACGGCGUGGAUCGUUUCGGAAACCCAUCUCGUCUGUCCACAUCACGCGUGUCCGGAGGGUGAUCAACAUGUGGCGCUUGAAAUAGUAAUAAUAAUAAAAAAAGGGGGGGUGAUGAAGGAAUCCUACUGAUCUACGCGUGCGAGCAGCCUCCGGGUGAUACCUGUUAUUUACAGUAAUGGAAUGAAGACACUAUCCCGAGAUAUAAUGGAUGAGAGAUCCAGCAAGCUCGUCUUGGUUCCCAUCUUGGCAGUCCUUUUUGUCAUGAUCGGCUACCAGUACAUCUGUCCCGCGGGCAGUAAUUCGUGCCACUUUAAGUCCGGGGAGAGAUUCAGAGGGGUAAGCCUGCUCUCCUCGCCGUACCAGGACGCCGACGACUUCUACAGGGACCCCGACCUGGACGACGACGGUCCGCCGCGGCUGCCGUUCCAGUUCAACUUCACCGAGCGAGACCUGGACAGGCACGUGGAGUUCAACAUCAAAGGGGACGACGUGAUCGUGUUCCUGCACAUCCAGAAGACCGGCGGCACCACGUUCGGCCGGCACCUGGUGAGGAAUAUCCGCCUGGAGCAGCCGUGCGACUGCAAGCCCGGCCAGAAGAAGUGCACCUGUCACCGGCCGGGCAAGGAGGAGUCCUGGCUCUUCUCCCGGUUCUCCACCGGCUGGAGCUGCGGGCUGCACGCCGACUGGACCGAGCUGACGAACUGCGUCCCGGUCGUGAUGGAUAAGAAGGAGGCCCAGAGGAAUAAAAGGAACUUCUACUACAUCACCAUGCUGCGAGACCCGGUCUCCCGCUACCUGAGCGAGUGGAAGCACGUGCAGAGAGGAGCCACGUGGAAGACGGCUCUCCAUAUGUGCGAUGGACGCUCGCCCACCCAGGACGAGCUGCCCACCUGCUACAGCGGCGACGACUGGUCCGGUGUCACCCUGAAAGAGUUCAUGAACUGCCCGUCGAACCUGGCCAACAACCGGCAGGUGCGCAUGCUGGCCGACCUGAGCCUGGUGGGCUGCUACAACAUGUCCUCGAUGAACGAGAGCCAGCGCAACCACGUCCUCCUGAGCAGCGCCAUGAGCAACCUGAAGAACAUGGCCUUCUACGGCCUGACUGAGUUCCAGCGCAAGACGCAGUACCUGUUUGAGCGGACGUUCAGCCUGCGCUUCAUCGCCGCCUUCACGCAGAUCAACAGCACGCGGGCGGCCAACGUGGACCUGAGCGAGAGCGUGCGCCGGCGCAUCGAGGAGCUCAACUUCCUGGACGUCCAGCUGUACGAGUACGCGAAGGACCUGUUCCUCCAGCGGUUCCAGUACACCCGGCAGAGGGAGCACCAGGAGGUGCGCUUGAAGAGGCGCGAGGAGAGACGCUGGCUGAGGGAGCAGAGGGAGCAGGGCAGGCCGUGGCCGUCCAAACACAAAGGGCGAGUCUUUGAGAAGGAAACUGAAAACGACUUGCCCGCCACCACUGAGGAUUAUACGAGCCAGGUGGUGCGUUGGUGAGACCUCGUCGGACAGGAAUGCCGCAACAGACGAGAUGUUUUAUCAGAACCAAUUGUACAUCUUAGGACUCUCUUUGUUCUUCACCGUUAUUCUGCGUUCUGCAUCUACGUGUUUUGUCUCAUAUGAGAGCUUUGUUUCUUGAAGAAAAUGCCGCAGUCUUUUAGUCUUGGAGAGCCUUUUAGUGUCUUAAAUUUGUAUGUGCUGUUCAUACAUUGUUUUCAUUUGACUACUGCCUUAGUUUUACUCUGUAAAAUGAUAUGGUAAACAAAAAGAAAAUCCACACUGCAUUGAUUUUGAUAGUCACUGGAAGUGUUUGAAUGUCUUUGGAGGUAUUAUUGGUGUUUAGACUGUUUCCACUCCGGUGGCUUUAUGUUUUUGACUAGAGGUCCCUGAGAUCGUGAAUGGAUGGAGAGAAUAGCUUUGAGCAUCAGCUUUCAUUGCACAUUAAACACAACGUAGAAUAACUAAUUUAUGUACAAUCAAAAGCAUCUCUUAAAUCGAAUCUCCGCUUGCUUCACUGCCCAGAUUUUCCCAAACAACUGGUGAGCCGACCAGCAGUUGAAAUCUAAAGUAUAUCAUGAGUGAGCAAAAACAAAGAGGUAAGGAAAAUUAAGGAAUUGGUCACAAGUGUGGCUUUCUCACACCUUUAAGCUGCUUCACAAGGAUUAUCUUGCUUGUAAACAAUUUUUACUGAGUUCAAUAUAUUGUAGAACACCCGAAGAAAUAAGAACAGCUGCAAUGCCUCAAUGACAGAAGUAUGAGAUUUCCCAAUCACAGCCUUUUUAACUCAUAGGUAUUGGAGCCCCUGACUAAACUCAGUUCUUAAUGCUUGUGGUAAUGUCCACAUCCAUAGCAAGCCCUGUAGAAACAACUUACAGCGUUAUCUUUAAACAAUCAUGCUCUUUUAACAUGACCAUGACUUGCAAAACAACAUUGUUUUGUUGAUCUAAAGAUCUAAGAAAUCUGGGUUUUUUUUUCCUACAAAUCUAGGUGUAUUUUGCUCCGUCCAAAGACUGCAUGAGCUACUGCAGCUUCCUGUCUCUCUGUGUCGUGUGACCUGAUUUGUUUUCAGACAGCUGUCAGUGCAAAAGAGUGCUGAGCAGAGCUUGUCUUUUAUUUUUGUGACUUUCAAAUGGAAGUGCUAAUGGAAAACAUAGUUUCAUAAACUUCUUUUGUCAAUGCACAAGUAUUAGAAACUGCAUUGAAAUGUCACAAUCAAAAUUACCAAGAAGUCAUAUCAAAACUGAGAGUAAACAUGCUAGCAUUAGCCUAGCCCGCUCGGAAUGAAAUCGUCAGGAGAAGGACAUUGAGUUUUGCUGAAUCCUGCAGUUAUUUCAUUUCUUUCAUAUUUCAUACCUGCGUUUCUUUAGUCUCCCAUCACUUUGACCAGUGACUGUAAAGUACUUUUGCAUUUUUUAAUCAUAGUGUACUGCAAGCAGAUCUUCUUGUAUGUCACUAAUGAGUAAUUUCCAUUAGCAGGACAUUAGAGUUAUUUUGGUCAUUUUUCAUAUGAGCCGACUAAUUCACAUGGGAAUCAGAACCAAAACAAACGAAAAUAGAGAGUUUUACCAAGUUUUAAGAGACUAAUUUACAAUUGGGAAUUUUUAUGCUUGAUGUUUUUGUAUUCGUAAUUUAUGAAAAUACUUAACCACAAAAUAAAAUAAACAGUUGCAUAAGUACAUUUAAGCAAAAUGUAGGUAGGAA